AUGGAAAGAUUAAAUAAAACUACAAAGAUACAAUUCUUCUUUCGUCCAUUCUCACCUAACCCUGAGGUCCAGAUGGUGAUUUUUGUGGCCUUCCUGAUGAUGUACUUGACCAGCCUCAGUGGAAAUGCCUCAAUUGCAGUCACCGUCAAGGUCAAUCACUCACUCCACACCCCCAUGUACUUCUUUCUGGCUAACUUGGCAGUUCUAGAAAUCUUCUAUACAUCUUCCAUUGCCCCACUGGCCUUGGCAAACCUCCUUUCAAUGGGAAAAACUCCUGUUUCCAUCACUGGAUGUGGCACCCAAAUGUUUUUCUUUAUCCUCUUGGGUGGGGCUGAUUGUGUCCUGCUUGCAGUCAUGGCUUAUGACCGGUUUAUAGCGAUCUGUUACCCUUUGCGAUACACCCUCAUCAUGAGUUGGUCUUUGUGCAUGGAGCUGAUGGUAGGGUCCCUGGUGCUGGGGUUCCUCAUCUCACUCCUGCUCACCAUUCUAAUCUUCCAACUCCCAUUCUGCCGAAACAAUGAGAUCUACCACUUCUACUGUGAUGUACCUGCAGUGAUGCACCUGGCUUGUGCAGACACACAUGUUCAUGAGACUGCCGUCUAUAUCAUCAGCUUCAUCGUCCUAAGCAUCCCCCUCUCACUCAUCUCCAUCUCCUAUGUCUUCAUCGUGGUAGCCAUUUUACGGAUCCAGUCAGCAGAAGGGCGUCAGCGAGCCUUCUCCACCUGCUCCUCUCACAUCCUGGUGGUCCUCCUGCAGUAUGGCUGCACCAGCUUUAUAUAUCUGUCCCCCAGUUCCAGCUACUCUCCUGAGAUGGGCCGGAUCGUGGCUGUGGUCUACACUUUUAUCACCCCCAUUUUAAACCCCUUGAUCUAUAGUAUGAGGAACAAGGAACUGAAAGAUGCCCUAAGAAAAACACUGAGAAAGUGCUAGGUAGAUUGAUCCUUUGAUUUAUUUAAAUUGGAACACUUUUAAAGGUAAAGUGGGAUGCUAUUAAUAGUUAUGCUGAGAUGAUAUGCAUAAGCCAAGAAUGUCCUCAGCAAUCUGAAGUAUGUGGCCCAUUAUUCUGGGAGCUCCAAAGGAAAUGAAUGCCCUUGUCUUACUGAAAAUAAAGGUAUGUCACAUGGGCAACAUGAUGUCAUGGGUCUAGAUGAAGAGGGAAGAUCAACAUUUAUUUGACAGCAACUAUAUACCAGGUACUUUACAUGGAUUAUCUCACUUAACCCAUAGUGAGUCUUCAUUUUACUGAAAAUAAAACUCAAGUAGCUAAUAACAAAUAUAUCCAGGAUGAGAACACAAGUACUUAGAAAUCUAAACACUUAGCUAUCCUGGUCUGGUCUUGCUCUGCCAGUAGAAAUAUACGUAAUCUCAGGACAGUCAUCCAGAUGCUGACUGAGCUUCCAAAGAGAGAGAUCAGGACCUCAUAAGACUCUCCAUUCCUCAA